CACUGCCGAAGAAGAGGAAACGUAGAAGAAGAGUGGACCCACUUCAAUGUUGGAGGUUCCCAUAAUGGCGGAGUCCGAAUCAAAGAAAGUCAUCAAAUUAGUCCCGGAGUAUCUUUUGAAGAAGAGGAAAAGGUACCAGGCUAUUAAAGCCACACAAGCCAAGCUUGCACUACUUGAAAAGAGAAAGGUCUCAAAAGGUGCACCGAUAAAGUUCAAGCGCUUGGAAGACUUUUUGAAGGACAGCCAUAAGAAACGUCGUGAUGAUACUCGCAUACAUCGAAUUUCACAGAGGCCACCUGCCCCACUGCCUCCUGCCAAGUAUAAAUUAGCCUUUGCUGUCCGCAUUAGAGAUAUUAAAGGUGUCAGUCCCAGAGUGAUGAAUGUUAUCCAGAUGUUCAGGCUGAGAAAAAUCUUCAGUGGAACCUUUGUCAGAAUCUGCAAGACCUCUCUCGCGAUGUUCAAGAUUGUUGAGCCCUAUGUAGCCUGGGGAUAUCCAAACUUAAAGUCUGUGCGUGAGCUCAUUCUGAAGAGGGGACAGACCAAGGUGGGCAAGAGGGCAGUUCCCUUAACAGAUAAUAACUUCAUUGAGGAACACAUGGGUAAACAUGGAAUAAUCUGUUUGGAGGACCUGAUUCAUGAGGUCUACUCAGUUGGCAAAGCUUUUCGGGAAACCAACAACUUCCUGAUGCCUUUCAAGCUGUCAGUGGCUCGUCAUGCUGCUAGGGACAAGGCGGGGCUCCUCAAGGACCUAGGAAAACCUGGAUUUCGUGGCACAGACAUUAACACCAUCAUCAGGCAACUGAACUGAGGGAAAGUGCACAAGAUGGACUUUGAACAGCAACCUAAAUGCUGCAAAAAUGAAAAAUCUUACUUCGUGUAUGAUCGUAUUUCUAGUGAAAAAAAUCUUACUGUAUUUAUUUUAAGAGAGUUUUGAGGUUUUUUUCUAGAUUUUCAGCAAGACAAAGACUUUUUUUAAGAUACGGGAUCUUAUCAAGUCUACAUACCAGUUCCAUUGGCAGAUGUUUUGCCACUUAAAACAAGAUGUCCCUAAAAGAAGUGUAAAAAAAAAACACAUCUGCCAAUGGAACUAGUAUGAAUUGACUUGAUAAGAUUCAAAUAAGAUGAGUACAAUAAGAUGUUUUCACUUGAAAUAAGAUGCAUUCUCUCGGUAAGAUUUUGUGUUUUUGCAUGCCUAUCAUCACAAAUACAGACAUGUCUUAUGGUUUUCACCCCUUUCCUAUUUAAUGCACAAUUCUAUCUGACUAUUCUUAUGUAUCAUGGUUGAAAUUGCGUGUCACUAUUGGGAGCUGUUGGAGGUGGCACUCAUCUGUUGACUUGUAAAAUAUUCUACUGUAUGAAAAGAUCAAUGCAUGUUUUUGGGCAAUUUGAUAGGUUGUACAUUCAGGCAAUGGUACCGGUCCACCCACAGCCCAUAUACAGUUUCCUCCGUUAUAAAUAGCAAGACAGCUUCCAUGAUUAAUAUAACAAGGUGAAGUGUAAUUUUGAACUCACCGUUUAAUAAAAUUGUCCAGUACCUGAAA